AUGACCGUCACCCAUGACUUGACCCAUCGGGGGUCUACCCAAGGAAUAAACGGGAUGGCCCUCGAGGACCGAUUCGAGGUCUUGAAGGAGAUUGGAGAUGGCAGCUUCGGCAGCGUGGUCUUAGCCAGAGUGCGAAGCGCAGGUGCCAACGUUGCCCGUCGCGGCACUGUGAUUGCUAUCAAGACGAUGAAGAAGACGUUUGAGUCCUUCACGCCCUGCAUGGAACUGAGGGAGGUCGUCUUCCUCAGGACAUUGCCUACCCACGCCCAUCUUGUUCCCGCCCUUGACAUUUUCCUUGACCCCUUCACCAAGAAGCUACACAUCUGUAUGGAAUAUAUGGAGGGAAAUCUCUACCAACUAAUGAAGGCGAGAGAUCAUAAAUGCCUCGACAACGCAAGCGUCAAGAGCAUCUUGUUCCAGAUUAUGCAAGGUCUCGAACACAUACAUGCUCACAAUUUCUUCCACCGAGAUAUCAAGCCAGAAAACAUUCUUGUAUCAACAUCAUCUCACCAGGACUAUGCAAACUCUUUUAGACGAUAUUCCGCCAUGGUGACACCCCCGUCAACUCCCCCGGCAUACACAGUUAAGAUCGCCGACUUUGGCUUGGCGCGCGAAACGCAUUCGAAGCUACCUUACACCACCUAUGUUUCUACACGGUGGUAUCGCGCCCCAGAGGUAUUACUACGCGCAGGCGAGUACUCGGCCCCGGUGGAUAUCUGGGCCAUCGGCGCAAUGGCUGUUGAGGUCGCUACCCUUAAGCCGCUUUUCCCUGGUGGAAACGAGGUCGACCAGGUUUGGAGAGUCUGCGAGAUCAUGGGAAGCCCGGGGAAUUGGUAUAACAAAGCGGGUGCCCGUGUCGGCGGCGGUGAUUGGAGAGAAGGAACCCGCCUCGCCGGCAAGCUUGGGUUUUCUUUCCCCAAGAUGGCGCCUCAUGCCAUGGACACAAUCCUCCAAGCGCCACAAUGGCCGGCAUCAUUGGGCCAAUUUGUGACCUGGUGUCUGAUGUGGGAUCCUAAAAACCGGCCAACGUCCACCCAGGCGCUCGCUCACGAGUACUUUACCGAUGCCGUUGAUCCCCUACGACCCAAGUCAUCGGCGUCCCGAAUUUUAGGACGGAAGCAGUCGGAUCUCAGCCGAGGCAAGGACUCGGCUGCGUCCACUCCGACCUCUUCAAAACCCUCCUGGUUUAGGAAAUCCUUAAUCGGGCGCUCAGAGAGUACGGAAAUUGUCGUGACACCGCAACCUAGUGUCAAGGAGAACAUUGCCCCUCGACCUUCACCAGUACAAGCUGCUUCGGAGGCGGCGGCGGCGGCGGCGGCGGCAGCGGCAGCGGCAGCAGUACCUAAAGUCAAGCCGGCUGCUAGCAAAAGAACGACAUGGACUAAUGGUCCAUCAAACGUCGCGCCAAUGCCGAUACUUCCCACCAUACGGCCCAUCUCUCCGUUGUCCGAUGCUGUGACCGCGCAGGCUAGCAACAGGACACCCGCGUACAACGAUGCUUACGUGAUUGGGACGCAGAGGAGUACUCAAGCCGAGGAGAAGUCGAAGAAGAUUGGCCGCCAGCUGUCGGUUGCUUCGAGUACAAAUCACUACGCUGAGCUUCAUAGGCAACAAGCUGAGCGGGCUUUGAAUGGCAACUCUGGUCUUGCAUCACCGCCAAGUGGGCAAAAGGAGAGCUUCUUCUCGCAUCUACGGAAACGAGCGAGAAGAUUCUCUGGGCGACAUCAGACACCGAUUUCGCCGACCCCCGAUGAUAUCGAGGCGCAGGCUGGCUGCGGGCCGUGGGCAAGCAACAGGUCAUCAAUGAUUAUUGACAACCAGUUCCCGGCUCCUGCACCCAAGGACACAUAUGACUCCUUGGACAAGACACUGCGAGACAUUCCGCAUGUCACACAUGUCACGGAAAUUGCCCCUGCCCCGCCGAUUCACCAAUCGUCAUCGCCAAGUAGCAAUCUCAAACGCCACCAUUCGCUACCGCACCAUCAGCCACGAUCCGUGGAUAACCUCCUUGGCGCGGCUCGGGGGGGAGGCCCGAUAUCUAGCCGGACCCGGAGAGCACAGGCGACGCAAGGCGUUCACCAAUACGAUGCUCCAGACGAAGAAGAUGAGCUGCUAGACGAAGUCCUCACGUCGACCCGCCGUGUGAUGAAGCGCCUCGAACGAGAUCCCAGAACUCUGAGGCAAUCUGCCAGCAAUCUUGGGCUGUCAAAUCCGUACCCGACGCCGUCGCCGUCUGCUAGCGGUCAUGCUGUGCUCUUUAGCGAUGGACAAGAGGCAGUCACCCCCAAGCCUCUGGACCUCCACAAGAAGACUUCGGCUUAUAAGUGGCCCACACCUCCGUAUGACGAAAGCGACUGGGCAGCCUCAGCAUCAGCAAGCAUCUGGGCGGCUGGGAACCGUUUCUGA